AUAUAGUGACUGCAGGGUCCUGGGACCAGACCAGGGAUAUGGAUAAAGUGAAUGCAGGGUCCGGGGACAUCAGAUAUAGUGACUGCAGGGUCCGGGGAGACCAGAUAUAGUGAAUGCAGGGUCCGGGGAGACCAGAUAUAGUGAAUGCAGGGUCCGGGGAGACCGGAUAUAGUGAAUGCAGGGUCCGGGGAGAGUGUGAUAUAGUGAAUGCAGGGUCCGGGGAGAGCGGAUAUAGUGAAUGCAGGGUCCGGGGAGAGCGGAUAUAGUGAAUGCAGGGGUCCGGGGAGACCGGAUAUAGUGAAUGCGGGGUCCGGGGAGAGCGGAUAUAGUGAAUGCAGGGUCCGGGGAGA